GUGUAACGCACAGGCACGGAAUUUCGAUUUCCCCGCGUGUCGUCGAUUUGCCGACGUGGCCGAUCUCCCGCGUCUAACGCGCCGCGUCGAAUCCUUCGGACGCGGGUGAUCCCGCGAAAUAAGGGAAAUGAUCCCCCUCGGGAUGUAUAUGAUGUAUGAAGACAGCAAAGAUGUCAAUGGUGUAUAUAAUCGUUUCCAAUGCGCGGAUUUCAAUAUUGCGCAGUGAUCGACGCGCGCGAGAGUCCGACGACGAUCGCGUCCGUGAAAAAAAAAAAAAAAAAAAGAUACGGCGAACUUCUUUGUCGCGCCGAUUGUCGCGAUGUAAUAAAUCACGCGAAUGUCAUUCGACGAAAAUUGAUACGUGUCUUGUCAACGCCGCGGUGAGUGUCGUUAUUAUAUUAUUGCGUCGCAUCGUGUCAAGCUGCAGUUACGAGGAAGUUCUCUCUCGCGCGGUUCUUCGCGUUAAAAUUCCGCGUACGGUCGUAAUUAAAAUUGAAAAGAAAAAAAAAACACAACGUAAUAAAACAAAAAGAAUUAUAUGCGCGAGAUAAUUAAUGCAGCACUUAUGGUUAUUACGCCAUUAAGAGAACUUCUUAACGAGCGCGACGAAAUAAUAUAAAACGGUCGCUUACGGGAUUGGUCGUAAGAACGUAACGUUACAUACGCGCGCACAUAUAUAAUAUCUAAUAACGGUUCGCUCGUGCGCGAAUUCUUUCUUCGCAUCAAGGCGGCAGAUAAAUGACGGGCGAUGCGAAGAGGGAUGCGCGAACGUUUGUCAAAGCGAGAACGUUUAUUAAAAGGUGGCCGUGAGGCGCUUCCUCGGGUGUAUCGUGCGCCAUCGGGCGUAGGUGGACAAGUCCUCGGCGAGAAAUGGGAAAAGCGAGUGGCAAAGAGAGAAACGCCGUGAUAGAGAAAAAUCUCAAUUCUACCGUUAUAUCGCGCGCGUAGGCGCGCAUUUGUUUUUAUUAGCAAAAAGAAAAUAUUAUAGAGAUUUCAUCGAAUGGGAAGGUUGUCGCAAAAACCCGACCGAAGUGCGCGUUAACGCGCUGAAAAUUGAACACCGCGGCACAUCGGGACAUUCGUGGUUUCGCAGUGCAGUACGAGAAAUACGGUACUUACGUAUACGCUGCGAAACGAUAAUAGACUGCGAUUUGCAUGUGAGAGAGGAAGCGAGCAACUUCCGGAACAACACUCCUCGCGAGGAGUAAAGAGCGCGCGCAUCGCGAAACGCUGAUUACAGAUCGGUUGUUUUCCGCCUUCAGCAACUUGCCGAUAUCGGUUUUGAAUAUUGUAUAUCGAUGUGACUCGGUUCAAUCGGCGCGUUGGAACGCUCGGCAGAAGAACCUCGGCGGCGUUUUGCGCGGUUUCGCGAAAUUUUACACGGCGGCUAUCUCUCGCGCCGAUCCGCAACGGUGAUUUUAUCGAACGGAAGAAAACCAAUGUACAUGCAGAUCGCGAGCGUUUCCGGUAAGGAAAUUCGCGAAGGUACCGAUUUCGUCGCCGAUUCGCAUCACGCACGAUCGACUUCGGUCCGAGAGAAACGCAUUUUGCAAUGGCGAACGCGGAACGCGAGAAACAACGGAACUCCGUCGCCGACGAUGUCCGCCGAUGAUCCCGCGUGACAACGUUCCGUAACCGUCCGGCCUCCGACGUGAAUAAUCUGUGACGUUACGUAAAACACACGGCCGCGAGCGCGCGAUGACGCGCCGCGACGAAAAGUUAAAACCGCGUUGAAACGUAAAACGCGGAUCGCGCCGCCAAUAAAUGGAGCUCGUCGAAUUUGCGCGUCGCGCGUUUUAUCGGAACGAUUCUCUCGUAAUAAGGCGAGCGACUUGUCGCUGACUUUGAUAUCUUACUCGUAAUCCUCUCGUUGUCCGCAACAUUACGGCGCAUUAUAACAAGAAAAACAUAAUAAAAUAAAUAAAUAUAUAUAUAUAUAGUGUCUACUAAAUAUAAUGAACGAAGAUAUUAAAAUGUCGACCGCGACAUUUUUCUCGUUGUAAUAGACGGGUUGUAAUUUUCUACGCUGGAUAUAAAUACGUCAAAAAAAAAAAACAAAACAAAAAAACAGAAAACAAAAAUCCACGUCACCUAGUUUGUUACGCUCGCGCUUUUUCGUGAAAUUUCCGCGGCUUGAUAUUAGCUCGGCCGCAGUUUCGCGGCGUAUCGUCGAGAAAAACGUUUAAUCGCUAAUUUCUCGGUUUACUCUCGGCGUCCGCUUGAUGUAGGGAUCUCGAACGACUCGCGAGAGGCGCACACAAACGGCCUGAGGUAUGUCGACCGGCCGGCGAUUAAAAGACGCAUGAUUUAUACGAGCUCCGUAGGAAUGCCGUAACUUAACGAGCGCGCAGUUAACGGCGCGCGCGUUAUAAGACGUCCGUGCGGAGCUCUUGACGAUCGGCAGGAAUCACAUGUGGGACGAUACAUAGCGAAGGGAGGCGCACCUUGUCUCGCGCUUUAUUGGCCGCGUCGACGUUUCUCGUCGAGAUUUCGUUUGGAUUUCGCUCGAAACGAGAAGCGUCUUACGCGACACCUUUCGUUUGCCGAAAAAAAAAAAAAGAAAGAACUCUCUUCAUCGGGUGACAACGACGACGUUUCAAUUGAUUUCUCGGCGACGACGUCUGUAAGCGAGAGGAUGCGACGACGUAUAUGGGAUUCGAGACGCAUCGUCGACAAACCGUGACUCGUCCUGCGAGACCGACAAUGGAACUUCUCGGGCCGUUAAAAGCGUUUCUGGCUUUUGCCUUAAUACACGUCAGUCCGAGUGUCAGCGACAGCAUUGGCGAUGGCAUUGGCGAUUUGUCAACGGAUCGAGCGCUGAACGUAUCCGAGAGAUUCACGUCAACGACCACGCUGACGGUGAACAUCCGGGACGACGACGAUCAGGACCCGUCUUUUAUCUAUCAAGGCUGCAUGCUCUUGGACGGCGCCUGCAUUAAUCCGGAAUACUCCGCCUCGGUAUCGAGCGGAGUGCUAUCCGGUAUACUCAAUAUCUCGCCUGAGAAAAUACAGGCGGUCGACAUGGACAGCAUAAACGCGCCGAUUCACUAUUCCUUUCUCAGCGGAAAUCCGCCGAAUUACCGGGAUUUCUUUGAGAUCAAUCCGACCACCGGGGCGGUGAGGCAGAUCAGAGCCGUCGAUACGACGGUCACAAAGAAGUUCGAUAUUAUUAUUAAGGCGGUCGAGGCGUCGGAAGCGAUGCGAUCGACCACCGCCAAGUUAACGAUCACGGUCAAGCCGGUCGACAGCAAUUCGCCUGUUAUCACGGCGUCAAAUAUCAAAGGAUUCGUCGACGAGAACGCACCGGUUGGCACAAAGGUCAUCGACGAAAGUGGAAAUCCCAUUGUGCUCACCGUGUCGGAUGCUGAUCUGGGACCUGACGAUCCGAAACCGACGUACACGUUCGAGCUGACUACGAACUACUUCGCGAUCGAUCCGUCCGGGGUCUUGGUCGUGAACGAGGAAAAUCUAGACCGUGAUCCUCCGAGUCCCGGCCGUUUCCGCUUUCAGGUGGUCGCUCGAGAGAAAACGGGUGUGGCCGCGUCGUCGCCUCUGUCGUUCGUCGUGACGUUGAACGACGUUAACGAUAACGCGCCCCAGCUGCCUAUGAUGGCGCCGGUCACCGUUCAAGCGGGAGAAACGAAGAGACAGAUAGCAAAGGUCGAGGCGGCGGACAACGACGAAGGCGAGAACGCCGAGAUAACGUACAGCAUCUAUCACGUAUCGAACAACGGUCUGCACAAGUUCAAGAUCGAUCCGAAGACGGGGGUGAUCGAGUCGGUGAGGAAGUUGAACGCCGGCGAGCAAUACAGCAUUACCGUACAGGCGACUGACAAGGGUGGCAAGUACUCGCAAACGAUCGUCGAGGUGAAUGUCAUUCCGGGGCCGAAUACCAGAAGUCCCGUGUUCCAGCAGCCGGUGUACGAGGUGCAAGUCAGCGAGGGAGCCUCCAUCAAUUCCACAGUCACCACCAUCACCGCCAUCGACCCAGAAAAUGAUCCGGUGUCGUACUCGAUAGUAUCGGGGAAUGACUUGCGCCAGUUCGCGAUCGGCGACAAAUCAGGCGUUAUUACCGUUAUAAGGAAGUUGGAUAGGGAGGACCUGACCCGAUAUCAAUUGCUAAUAAAAGCCGAGGACACGGGCGGCCUGUACAGCACCGCCACGGUCAAUAUUAUGGUUACUGACAUUAACGACAAGAAUCCCGAGUUCGUGGGUCUUCCCUACGAAUUUUCCGUUAAGGAGGGCGAGGCGAGAAAAUUGAUCGGCCGCGUUCACGCCGAGGACGCCGACGAGGGUGUCAACGCCGAGAUCACGUAUUUCGCACCCGACGACAUUCCCUUCACCGUAGAUCCCGAAACCGGUGACGUUCUAACGAAGAUAGUGCUGGACUACGAGCAGAACAAUGAAUAUAAAUUCGUGGUGACCGCGAGAGACGGAGCUCCGGACUAUCGUUUGGCAACCGCAACAGUCACGGUAAAAGUAAUAGAUGUCGAGGACGAGGUCCCGGUCUUUCAUCAAAGCAGCUACGAGGCGAACGUCAGAGAGAACGUGCCCGACACCAAUGUGAUUCAAGUCACGGCCGAUGAUCCGGACACAAAGAAGCAAAUUACAUACACGAUCAGACAAGGGGAUACUGAACUCUUUAGCAUAGACCCGAAGACCGGAGUCAUAAAAACUGUUCGCGGUCUCGAUUACGAAAGCCAAAACCAGCACGUGCUCGUAGUCGGCACCGAGGAAAACACGAGCGAUCUGCCUGGUUCCACGACUCGUGUGGUUAUCAACGUUCAGGAUGUGAACGACAUUCCACCGGUAUUUACGUCGGUCCUGCGUCCCAUUACGCUCGAUGACGAUGUCCCCAUUGGAACUAUCGUGAUCAAUCUCACGGCUACGGAUUCCGACGGCACCGCACCGGGAAAUCAGGUUCGGUACGAGAUCAUCGGUCGCGGUAUCGCAAGUAAAUACUUCGUGAUCGAUCCCGACACCGGCGUGCUGCGAAUACGUGACGAUCUGCGCAAGGAAACCGAUUCCGAGUAUCAGGUCGACGUGCGCGCGUACGACAUGGGCGAGCCGCAACUGUCGUCCGUUACAACCGUACCGGUUUACGUGCGCCACGUAGCGACGGUGCCGCCCGAGAUCGGUCUGGGCUUCGCCGAGAGCUCGUACAACGUCGAGGUGCCCGAGAACGCGGGCGAUAACACGUUAAUAAAGAUAAUCACCAUCAUCAAUAGUCACGCGCAUGACACCACGCCGCUCAGGUGCGAGAUUUACAGCGGCAACGAGGACGGUCUGUUCGAGGCGAACGUCACGGAGGAGCGAAACUGCGCUCUGAGACUGAAGAAGGGCAAGCUGGAUUACGAGACGACGGAAUCCUAUCAGAUUAAGAUCAGACUCGAGUCGCUCUCGGGUCUCUUGAAUUCAGGCAGAAACACGACGAUGGUAAAAAUCCAGGUGGUGGACGUGAACGACAACAAACCGGAAUUACCGGAGACGAAUGACCGGAAGCUGAGAAGAGGUCGUUACUUCGCGGCGAUUCCGCGUACCGCGCAGUUCGGGUCCACCGUUAUACAAGUGAAGGCGAACGACAAGGACAACGGCAAAUACGGCAAGCUGGAGUACAAGAUCCUGGAAGGACGGGGUUCCAAUUACUUCGCGAUCGACAGUUCCACCGGUAUAAUCAGAACCGCGGCGACGUUCGAUCACGUGGAUUCGUCCGAGUUACCGUUCAAGUUCAACGUUCGCGUGCGCGACAAUCCGAAUUCGACCGACAACUACAACUCGAUCGUCGCGCCGGUGAUCGUCAAUCUGAUCGAUGAGGAGAACCUCAUGAUUCUGGUGGUGCAGGACGCGACGCCGGAGGCGCUGCAGAAGGAAGCCGACAAGAUAGCGGACGUAAUUGAGAAAAAGACGAACCUGCUGAUCGGUAUAGACAGAAUCGCUGUGAGGAAGGUCCUUACGAAGAACGGCACCGUCGAGACGUUCCCGCAAGACUCCGACGUUUGGUUCUACGCGAUCGAUCCGGACACCGAGACCAUAUUGAGCAGAAACAGUUCCAGAGUGCUCAGGUCAAUUAUGGACAAGCCCGCCAUGUCGAACAUCACGUUCGACGUGUCCACGUUGGUGCGAGCGAACGCCAUCGAUAUUCACGCACCUGUGAUGCCGCCCGAACCUGUGCGAACCCAAAAAGCGAUUGCGUUCAACGCCGAGGUGUUCCCGUACGCACUGAUCGUCAUCGCCUGCGUGAUCCUAAUUCUCGGCAUCGCUGGAAUCAUCUACAUAUGCGUCUCUUGGUCCAAGUACAAAGCGUACAAGGACCGUAUGCAGCGCAUGUACGUGGUGCCGCGAUACGAUCCCGUCUACGUGGAGCCGAAUCUGAAGGAAUACGAGACGCAAGUGCUCCAGAUGAGCGUGCCGGUUGACGACAACGACAGCUGCAACGAUCUACAACUCGACUUCAGCAACAAGAAUCACGCGUUCAGUCUGGACAAUGUCAGUUACAUCACCAAAGACCACGGAGACAGUACCGGCCAACAAAGUCCCGUUAGCUCCGAAGCGGCGACCACGGCACGCGCUUCCAGUAUCGUCGGUAAUCACGGCGACACCAAUAUCCAUUCCCUGCGACGGUCCACGCUCGGUCGAAAGAAUCACAGCAAUACAAACACCCUGAGCAAUCGAGAUGCGACGCCGGUGCUCAAUCCGCUUUACAACCACAGCGGCGAUCUGUUGAAUCCGAGCCCGUCCAACGAAAAUGUCACCUUCAGAGAGAGGAAGGAUUAUUCGCAUCUCGGGUUCACGUAUCUCGGCGAGCAGAGCCCCGUGGAAACCACAACGGAAUUGUAAGUUACACGUUUCGGCGACGUGCACUUAGCCAUGUCAAAGACUGUCACCGAAGUUUAGAUACUCGAAAGAAAGAGAGAGAGAAAGAGAAAUGUUGAGUGCAGUAUCCUGUAAAAUAAAUUUUAUAGCGUUUUUGUUUUUCGAUACCGUAUGAGCGCACGCGAGAGUAAGAUGCUGCAGCUGUGAUCGAAAAAACGUAAUUUUUUUAAGAUCGAACUUUUUUUUAUCGACUGUGUGUGAGGAAUAUUCGAGAGCGAUCAUGUAUACACGCACGUUGGAAAUCGUGUUUCGACGCGAAAUCACCUCGUGGCGAUAUGUUUGUGAAUUCGUUCGUAAAAUCGACGUUUUUUCUUCCCGGUUUUAUUUCACAUAGCUCUCGAGGGAUGCGGUGAAUAAGAACGACGCUAUUUAAUCCCGAUAUACAUAUGUAUUACGAGCACGCGUAAUUUCGAUAAACUGGAAAAAUACAGCAACGGAAGGAUUCUUGAAUAAUCAAUAUCCGCGCUUCUUCUCGAGCGCACGAACGAGAACCUAAACCGUCGUAUUAAGAAAGAGAGAGAGAGGGAGAGAGAGAGAGAAGGAGAAAGCGCGCUUAUAAAUGGUUGAAUAACUUCGUACCUCCACGCGCGAGUCCUUUCAUACGUCAUAUUCUCCGAAUGUGUGGCGACGAUGCGAGAAUUCCGCGGACGUGCGGAAUUCUCGACGGAAUACAUUCUCGAACGAGUUAUCUCGUAUGAGAUAUCCAUAAAAGAGAGCACGAGAGCACGAGAUGUGUGUGGUUGUGCGUUCGGGUAAACGCAGCGAAACGAGGUCAUGAAAAUAUCGCGCAAAGACGGAUUUUCAUCGCGCGAGCGCAGAAAUUUCUUUUCCGAUUGAUUUAUAUUCAAUUCCGACUUACACGUACUUUCUGCCGACUAAUGUGUUCUUUUCACGCAUCUUGCUAAUAAAAAUCACGAAACGAACGCUAACAAUUUUGCAAAACCAUCAUCGAGAUCGCAACAUCGAAUCAUAUUUUAUAAAUUAUCGUUUACGUCUAUAUAUAUGUUUAUCAUACGUAUGUAAAUUCGAGAAAGAAUUCAAUUCAGAAUUUCGAACGAGAGUUUAUCUAGCGUGUGAGGAUCCUCUGCAGAAACUCUUUUGAGAGUUUUUUUUCGUGCGUCGAUUUUGUUUUUAAUUAACGAGGAAGUGUCACUACUACGAGAGAGAGUCGAAAUGCCUAAUCGUAGAUUUUAAGAUUUACCUAAACGCGUGAUUGUACGUUUUUACAUAUAUAUGAACGAUUGUAUGUGCGUGUCUGAGCGAGGUUUCCUCCCGACCCUGUAAAUGAUCGAUCCCCAUCAUGCUGUGUAUCAUAUAAUCCCUGUUUAUUUAUACGAUCGCGUUUGCUCACGUCAAUUUGUGUGUGUUGUACCAUAAUCACAAUUAAUAACAGAGCGCGUAUCGUUGCGCGCGUACACACAAUCGCACGAGGACAAAAAAGUUAACACUAUUGUUGUCCAUUGCGCUUCUAUUUUACGCGACCGCUCGCGCCUCUUUCUGUCGGUUCGCACGAUCGGCGCGUUAAUUAGCGCGCGCCGUGCGAACGCGCAUCGCGAACGCGCGUAAGUGGAAGCGUCGUAAGUGGAAGUUACGUACUUAAUCAGACACACACACACACACACACACAUACACACACACACAAACACGGGGAACCGUCUGUUUCCUCGCUUCGACAACGCUAUUUCGAUUUUACGUAGUUUUCAGGCAACGAUGAGAUCCGUGAGAAAGAAAAAAAUAAAAAAAAUUAUCGAGCGUUGAGGAGGAGUUACGCGUGAUACGACUUGAUUGAAUGUAUAUCUCUAGUCGUACAUCGGGCGUCCCACUGCCGUUGCAAAUUACAUGAUGCGUUUUAUAGUAUAAACAAACAAACAAACAAACAAACAAACUGCGUGUUUUAAAUGUAAGUGUUCUUUGAUUAUAGCCGUUGAAAAUUUCUACUUAUAGUUGUAUAAUAUUUAAGCGAGAA